AUGUUUGAAGAUCGAGAUAUUCGUGUCGUCGUAGCAAUCGAUUUUGGCACAACUUAUUCGGGAUUUUCUUAUGCCCAUAUUUCAAGCCCUAAAAAAAUCAUCACCAACGUAGGCUGGGAAGGCUAUAAUGGAAAAUUUAAAAUACCAACUGUCCUUAAAUAUGAUGAAAACUUGAAUGUACAAUCAUGGGGAUACAUUGCACUAGCUCAAAGGCCAAAUAAUAAGGUUGAAGCGGUCAAGAGUAAACCUGCUGAGUUAUUUAAACUACAUUUAGGAAAAUUAGCAAAGAGACCUCCACUACCCGAAGGGCUGGAUUAUAAGAAAGUUAUAACUGAUUAUUUAUGCAAGUUGGGCGAAAAGAUUCACGAAAUUUUAAAAGUAGAUUGGCUAUAUUUGGAUAUUUUUAAUCAAAUCCCUGCGGAAUUCGAUGCUCGAGAUAUCGCCGUGAUGCGAGAAUGUGCAAUUAAUGCAAACUUGAUAGAUGAAUUAAACAGUCGUAAUUUAAUAUUUACGACAGAACCCGAAGCCGCAGCAAUACAAUGUAUUGAAACAUUAAAGGAGCAAGAAUUAGGCGUUGGUUCCACAUACAUGAUAGUAGAUUGUGGAGGUGGCACUGUCGACUUGACUGUUAGAAAGUUUUUAACAAGUAAAAAUUUGAGCGAAUCAACUGAACGUUCCGGUGAUUUCUGCGGUAGUACUUUCGUCGAUCGCGAAUUUCUUGAAUUUCUAAGUCAGAGGAUUGGUAAAUCCGCUUUAAAAUAUUUAACCGAAAAUAAUUAUAGUUAUCUUCAAAAUUUGAUCCAAGGUAUUACAAAUUAUGAUAUGUUUUCUCUACCUUGUGUGAAUAUGAUUAAAUUACCUUUCACUGGCGACCCUAGCACAUUUGAAUCUGUUGAAUUGGACUUAGAAAAAUUCUUUCCGAACAUAAAAACGAUCGUAACUGGCAGAGAAAAGGAAUACAUGGAAAAAGAAAGAUGGUUAAUUGAACCAAAGUUUGAAGAAGUAAAAGAAAUGUUUGAUCCUGUCAUAGCUAAAAUAAUUCUUUUAAUCUAUGAUCAAUUAAAUGCUUGUAGAGAUUGUUCUGCUAUGUUUUUAGUUGGUGGUUUUAGUGAAUCUGAAUAUCUGCAGAUGAGAAUUAAGGAAGAAUUCAAACAAAAAGUAAAAAUUAUUUCUGUUCCAACUCAGCCAAUAACAGCAAUUCUAAAGGGUGCUGUUAAAUAUGGACUUAGAGAAGACAUAAUUUCUGAGAGAGUAUUGAAAUGGACUUACGGAACUUCCGUUGUUCGCCAAUGGGAAUCUACGGAUCCAGAAGACCACAUACUUUCAGGAGGAUUAAUACAGACUUUUCAAGCUUUAGCUACCAAAGGUUCUCAUAUUUCUAUGAAUGAAAAGGUUGUAAGAAAUUUUACACCUGCAUCGUUAAACCAAAAGCAAAUGAAAUUUGAUAUUUACGUGACAUCAAAGGACAAUGUUAAAUAUUGCAAUGAAGAUGAUGUUGAAUUAUUAGGAAAUUUCUUAAUCGAUUUACCAAAAAAUGGUGAUUUUGAUGAUAAAACUUUUCUGUUUACUUUGGAAUUUGGCAAGAUCGAAAUUUUAGCCACCGCUGAAAAUAAAUCUACCGGUCAAAAGUUUAAAACAACAUUUUUAUUGGAUAUAUAA